UUACAAACAUGACGAGUGGUUUUCCAAUUCUUCGAUUACCUUCAAAACCUCUACGUUUUUUACUUCAAACGAUGAAAAUGCUAGAUGUAGUAAGCAUCUCAUUCUCUUCAAAAACUGCAAAACGUCGUGUUGAGGAGUUGAAUAUGAACGUUUCCUGUAUUGAUAUGUAUUUGUCAACGUCAACGAUAAGACUAGUUGUUGAGUUUGAUGGUACUUUUCCAUUGACGUUUCAAAUUCCCGACGAGAUGAUUGAGUCUGAGCCGCGGAAAUUAAACAAAAAACUGAAUUAUAUGAAAGUGAAAAAAGGCCCAAUUCCUGAGGAAACUGAAAUAUUUCAUUGGAAACCGUCGGGAAUUCGUUUCAAAGAGAUCGCAAAUCAUGUUCUUGAAAUAUUCCACAAAUCUGAAUUUUAUAUGCUUAUGAUUACUUACGAUUACGACUACGAAACGUUGUUGCAAGAAUUGAAAGAUUUCAAAAUUUGCAAACUAUUCAUUUCUUCUAAUUUCAUGCAAAACUCCAAGCUUCAUAGAAGCCUAUUGGUUAACUAUUCACGCCAAUUUGAUAAGCUGGCUCUAGACUAUCAUUCAUUGAAACCUAAAGUCUUUCAUUCAAUUGUCAGUCUUAACUACAAUAGUUUCUGUCUGGAAAGAGUUGCCUUGAAACUAGAAGAUUUGUUGGUUUCAAAUAUUUCUGAAAUGCGUAUUGAUAUAAUGCGUAUUGGUACACGAUGUCCCUCAAAGCAACUAUGCUUGUUUCUAAAACAUUGGAUUAAUGGAUCAAACAACCGUUUGGAAUAUCUCGUAAUGAAUCUUCCCGCCAAUUCCACUGAAAACCAAUUUCUUUUGAUUGCCUUAAAUGGUAUUGAAUAUCAAUUGGCACCAACCGACAAGGAGUGGGUUUUUUCCGACAAUCGGCCUAUAAAAACUAUUGUCGUUGAAGCUGGAGGAUUUGAUAUCAGACGGAACGAUGGAACCAUUGCAACUGUCACUGUCGAUGAAACGUUUCAAUAUUUGCGUAUGUUCGUGUGGAAAUGAUAAAUUACUCGAAAACAAGUGUGUACUUCUUUAGUGAUUGUUUUGAAUAAAGUUAUUAAACU